AUGGCUGUUGGAUUGUUUGAAUCCCAGGAGUUGGUAACCUUUAGGGAUGUGGCUCUAGAUUUUUCCCAAGAAGAGUGGGAAUGGCUGAACCCAUCUCAGAAGGAUUUAUACAGAGAUGUCAUGUUGGAGAACUACAGGAAUUUGGUAUGGCUUGGACUCUCCAUUUCCAAGCCCUACACGAUCUUCUUAUUGGAGCAAGGGAAGGAACCUUGGAUAGUGGAGAAAGAGAUGUCAAAUGGUCAAUAUACAGACUGGUAUGAAAUUAAGGAAUUAUCUCCAAAAUGGUACAUUGAUGAUGAAGAGGAAAUAUCUCAGAGCAUAGUAAUGGAAAGACUAAUAAGACAUGAUAUUGGAUGUUCCAGUUUCAGAAAAACUUGGAUAUAUAAGUGUGAAUUUGAGAAGCAGCAUGGAAAUCAGGAGAGGCAUUUCAAGCAAGUGGCAAGUCUUAAGGAAAUCUAUGUUAUGAAAAAAGACAAUGACUAUAAUAAUUCUGAAAGAAAUGUUAUCUUGAAGUCAGUACUUUUAACGCAUCAGAGAGUUCCCACAGUACAGCCAGUAUAUAAAUUUGAUAUUUAUGAUCAAAUGUUCCCCCCAAAUUCAGUCCCAGUGGAGCAUAAAAGACAACAUCAUGAAAAGGAAUAUUUAAUAGGUAAUAAAUAUGAAAAAUUUAACCAGAGUUCAUACCUUAGUAAAGACAGAGGAAUUCUUCCUGAGGAGAAACCUUAUGAAAGUAAUGAUUUUUCAAAUCUCUUAAAUUUCCACUCAUUACUUACUCAACAUCAAACAACACAUUUUGGAAAAUUACCCAAUGAAUGUGGUGACGCCUUUAGCUGUUACUCAUUCUAUACUCAACCUCAGAUAGUUCACAGUGCAGAGAAACCACAUGCAUGCAAUGGCUUUGGAAAAGCCUUUAACCACGACUUCUUUCUCAGUGAACAUAAGAGAACUCAUAUUGGAGAGAAAACAUAUGAAUGUAAGGAAUGUAACAAAACCUUUAGACAGAGUGCACAUCUUGCUCAACAUCAGAGAAUCCACACUGGAGAAAAACCCUUUACAUGCAAUGAGUGUGGAAAGGCCUUUAGCCGUUUUGCCUUUGUUGUUGAACAUCAAAGAAUUCACACAGGAGAGAAACCAUAUGAAUGUAAGGAAUGUAACAAAGCCUUCAGACAGAGUGCACACCUUAAUCAACAUCAGAGAAUUCACACUGGAGAUAAACCCUAUGAAUGUAAUAAGUGUGGAAAAGCCUUCAGCAGACGCAUAGCCCUUACACUGCAUCAAAGAAUUCAUACAGGAGAGAAACCCUUUAAAUGUAAUGAAUGUGGGAAGACCUUUGGCUAUCGCUCACACCUUAAUCAACAUCAUAGAAUUCAUACUGGAGAGAAGCCCUAUGAGUGCAUCAAAUGUGGGAAGUUUUUCCGAACUGAUUCACAACUUAAUCGACAUCAUAGAAUUCAUACUGGAGAGAGACCUUUUGAAUGCAAUAAAUGUGGGAAAACCUUUAGUGAUGCGUUAGUUCUAAUUCAUCAUAAGAGAAGUCAUGCAGGAGAGAAACCCUAUAAAUGUAACAAAUGUGGGAAGGCCUUCAGUUGUGGCUCAUACCUUAAUCAACAUCAGAGAGUUCAUACUGGGGAGAAACCCUAUGAAUGCAACGAAUGUGGGAAAGCAUUCCAUCAGAUUUUGUCCCUUAGGCUACACGAGAGGAUUCAUAUUGGAAAAAAAAAACCUAUAACUGUUAAUGAAUGUGGGAAUGAUUUUAGCUGUGCCUCGGCCCUUAGACAGCAUCAGUAA